UAUAACUUAGUAAACAAAAGCAGCUAAUUAAUGGCGGAUAUGUGUUUUGUGUUUUGGAUAUGCAGUGUAUUGCACUCUUUUAGGUUCUUUGGUCCUUCUAGGUUACCGUACCGAUAUUUAGCAGCGUGACUAUAGAGGGGCGGUGCAACAGUUUUGAUGGAAAUGCAACAUUUUUGUCUGAACUGAACUCAUAACAUCUUAAAAUGAGCUCUUCUGACACGAAGAUCAUUACUGUGAUCGGCAGUGGGCUGAUAGGCCGCUCCUGGGCUAUGGUGUUUGUCAGUGGAGGCUACAAUGUGAAGAUCUAUGACAACCAACCAGGACAGGCUGCCAAGGCCAUCACAGAGAUCAGGAAGCAGCUGGAAGAGCUGGAGGAAGCCCAAAUGCUGAGAGGAGAGCCGACCGCCACGCAGCAGCUCGCCCUACUCAGCAGUUACGAUGACCUGGCUCAGGCUCUGGAGGGAGCCUUCUUUGUCCAGGAGUGUGUAUUUGAGCAGCUUGAGGUCAAGCAGAGCGUCUUCCAAGACAUAGAGCGUCUUGUGGGAAAAGACGUCAUCCUGAGCAGCUCCACCUCCUGUCUGGUGCCAAGCAACGUCUUCUCUAAAGUACAGAACAGGACUCGCUGCCUCGUCUCACAUCCGGUAAACCCACCCUACUAUGUCAAACUGGUGGAGCUGGUACCUCACCCAGAGACAGCAAUGACCGUUAUGGACACCGCCCAUGCCCUAAUGACCAAGGUUGGCCAGGCGCCCGUCCGUCUGAAGAAAGAGAUCGAUGGCUUUGCCCUCAACCGAGUGCAGGCGGCCAUUAUCGCAGAGUCCUGGAGGCUGGUCCAGGAUGGCAUUAUCUCUGUCAAGGACAUCGACCUGGUGAUGUCAGAGGGGCUAGGAAUGCGUUACGCCUUCAUAGGUCCCAUGGAAACGAUGCACCUCAAUGCACCUAAAGGUUUGGAAGACUAUGUGAAACGGUAUGGAGAGGGCAUAAGGAGGAUCCUGACCUCCUUUGGGCCUGCACCAGACUUCUCCGGCGAGGGAGCCAAGAGCAUCAUUAAUGAGAUGUGUGAGCUGAUUCCCAGCGAGCAGCAGCAUCUGUCGGCCAGGAUGGAGAGGAGGGACCAGCUCCUCGUGGGUCUGGCCAAGCUGAAGAAGGAGCACUAAGAUCAGCAUGCAGGGCCCGAAGUCAAGAAAACUUCUGAUUAUGACUGAACAAAAGGAAUCUUUAAACAUUUUAUUUCAUUAUUAUCAGUAUGACCAUGACCUCUGCAAUAGGUUUUUCUAACAUGCAAAAUUUUAAAAACAUUCUGUGAAAGUUGGUAGGAUUUAAGUGGACAACUAUCUCAUUUGAUAACGAUUUAAAUAAGUGAUAUCUUGGGCGUGACGAAUAAUUUGGUCAUUUGUUCAGUGAUAAUCAACAUUUGUGCCUUUUUAUGGAUAGUUCUGGGACAUAAUUACCAACAUUACGAAAGAACUGUGGCUUGCUGCUUGCUACCCAUUAAGAAGCAGGGAUUCAAUUUCAAACCAGUUUUUUUUUUCUAAAUCUACAGAAUAUAUUAUCUUUUUGUCUGCAACUUAAUCUCAACACUAACUCAAUUAAGGGACUGAAUUAAAAGCAAUCAUCUCACUCGGUGCUACACACCACGUUAACGGUCUGCUGUGUAAAUGAAUUCUGUGAAAAAUGUGAAAUGAUGUUUUGAUUAAUAAAAACAACUGAAUCGUA